CAGCGCGUGCGCUCCAUGUGGGUGGAGUUAGGUCGAGAUACAAGGGCGCAUGCGCUUGGCUUGUGUUGGCCGAAGGGACAAAGCCCCCAGAGAGGCUGUUGGGCUGCCGGGUGCGAACUACUUGUGGAUGUUUGUGCGCGCGCACCAGGUGGUGCAGACCCACCCCCAGCUGCUACGCAUGCGCGUUCUUGUCGAAGUCGGGCUUUGACGCAGCAUCUUGAUUUCAUCGGUGUGAUUUAUAGUAAGCUGCCGCCGCAGGCUGCAAAGCUAUUGGAUCUCCAGCCUCAAGGAUCACAAGAAGCUGAAGCUUUUGUAAGUGCUUUUCUGAAGCGUAGUAUGCCACGACUGAAAGAUGAAGCCAUCCAGGAUAUGCUAACCCGAAAAGCGGUAGUUCUUGAGCAUAGUCUGAGAAGAAGGAAAAAGGAAAAAAGGAAGAAAACAAAAGGAUUUUCUGCCAAGCAGAGGAGAGAAAUGCGGCUCUUUGAAGUUAAACCAGAACAACAAAAAUAUGAGUUAUUUCUACCAUUACAUGAACUCUGGAAACAAUACAUCAGGGAUCUGUGUAAUGGACUCAGACCAGAUGCACAACCACAGAUGAUUCAGACCAAAUUGCUAAAAGCUGAUCUCCAUGGAGCUAUUGUUACAGUAACUAAAUCAAAAUGUCCCUCUUAUGUUGGGAUCACAGGAAUUAUUCUACAGGAAAUGAAGCAUAUUUUCAAAAUUAUCACUAAAGAAGAUAAAUUAAAAGUUAUUCCCAAGCUUAACAAUGUAUUUAGCCUGGAGCUUGAUGGCUUUAUUUCCCACAUCUAUGGUAGCAAGUUCCAGCUAAGAGCAAGUGAGCGUUCUGCAAAGAAGUUCAAAGCAAAAGGAACUAUUGACCUAUGAUUUUAAGGAAAUUCAAAGAUAUUGGGGUUUCGUUCAUAAACUGAAAAUCAAGUUAAAAAACAAGAACAUAUGGAAUUCUACAUCUUCUAAAGUAUUUCUUUAUACAGAAGUAUGAGUUACAAGAAACAUUUAAGUUACAUCUGUUUUAUGUACUGGAUGAUCUCCCAAAAUCCUCAGAUUGUCAAUAUUUCAUUUCUUGAAAAUAUAGUGUUUAACAUUUUUGGUCUUUUUUUAUAGUAAACUAAUAUUUGUGAUGAUUCGCAUCAAUUUGUUUUUCAAAAUAAAGUCCUUUGCCUAAUUA